UUUAGGCCUACAAGCGCAUUAUUUUGUUGAUAAAAAUUCUUCAGUGACCACUCAGCUGUUAGAGAUCUGACCUCUGUGUGAAAAUGGCAUUUACAAACCAGAAGAUGCAGCGCCUGGAGCACACAGAUCUGUCUAGAAAAGGCGCAAUUGAUGAUGCACUAGUUGAACUUGUACACUUUAUUAACGCUAAUGCAAAAUAUUUUACCACAAGCUCAUGCUCAGGACGAAUUAUUGUAUUUCAAAAUCAAUCAGAAACAGUAAAGAAAAAAGGAUGCCAGUGGCUGUAUGUGUCUCAUGUUCCUGUGGAGUUUGAAGCUAUAGAAAAAUCUCUAGAGAAUAUAACAGACGAGGCAGUUUUUAAGUUUGAACCAAUGGUGAUGCACAUACAGUGUCAAGAUUUGGAAAGUGCUCAGAAAUUGCAUCAAGCAGCAGUGGCAUCUGGUUUCAGAAACUCAGGCAUCACGAUAGGAAGUAAAGGGAAAAUAAUGAUGGCUGUGAGAGGCACUCAUUCAUUAGAAGCCCCUUUGUCUUCCAAAGGUCAAGUUCUGGUAACGCAACAGUACAUAAAAUAUUUAAUUGAAUCUGCAAACAGUAAAAUGGAGGAAAAUUUCUGCAGAAUCAACAGGUUUUAUGAACAAGUCAAAUCACUGUCAGUGUCAACAAACAGUUCAAAGAUGAAAAAAUCUCAUGGGAUCAAGUCUAAAACUAAAACCUACACUAAUAAUAAACCUAUAGAAGAUAACAAAACAAUUGACAAUAGUAGGGAUGUCUUUGAGGAAGAUGAAAAGAAUUUAUCUUUGUUUAUGUUUGAUUCCACAUGACAAUAAAUG